AUCAUCUGCGAGUCAACAUGGAACACAUCAGAUAAGCGCAGGCGGCAGAAAAACACCGUGAUUUACACAAGAUCUCAGCUCUAAUGGAUGCGCGCCGCACACCGUGUUCACAUGGACGAGAGGAAGUUGCUGGAAGAAAAAGUUGAGGACCUCAAGAAAAUCAAGACACAAUGACCGCCGAGCCCAUCCUGAUUGCCAACCUUACGCAAGAAUGGGUGUCGAGCCUUCGACGGUGGCACCUGGAGCUCUUCUUCAUCCCUACCACUGUGGUCACCCUGGCCACCAUGCUGGUGAACACUGUCCUGUUGGCGUGCAUCUUGGCGUCUCGCGCCUUACGUCAGGAGACGCGCUACCUCCUGGUGGCCAACACCUUGGCGGCUGACAUGCUGUUCCUCACCCUCAACCUGACCACGGCCGUUCUCAACGCGGUCCGAGCCGAGACGCCCUGGCUGGCGUGCGAGCUGGUCACGGCCGUCACCGUCACGGCCUACUGCUGCGCCAUCCUCACCGUAACCCUCAUGGUGGUGGACACCUACGCGGCCGUGCGCUGGCCACUGCACUACCACGACCUCCUCCCGCCCGCUCGAACCCACAGAAUCCUGCUGGGGGCGUGGGUUCUUGCGGCGAGCUACCCCUUCACGCUGGUCAUCCUGAUGGAGACAGCGAGGGAAAACCUGCACGGGAACGCGGCCGUGUGCCUCGUCCUCAUCUCGCUGGGUUUCGUCCAGGUCAAGAACAUGGCGGGGAUUAACGUGUACUUCUUCGUGGCCGCUCUCAUCUGCGCCGUGCUCAUCUUCUACUGCUACGUUCGCCUCUAUAUGGAAACCAGAACCCAAGGCAUCUGGCAGAGCCGCUUCUCCAGAGCUCGGGUGACCGUGUUGGCCCACGGGGUGCUGCUCCUCCUUUACUUCACCCCCGGCUUUGUCUUCACCCUAGAGCUGCUCCUGUUUCAGAGCAAAAACGUCAGCCAGGAUGCCCGAGUGUGGCUCAGCACGGUCAACAUGUGCGUCUUCAUGCUGCUCCCCAGGGCCUUUGCUCCUUAUCUGUACGGGCUCCGCUACCGCCAGAUCUCCGACACGCUGCUGCAGCUGCUGCAUCGACACCGAAGACUCAGCCAGAUCACUGUCGUGUAAUCGCAUUUCCGUCCAGAACCCUUUCCCGAAAUCAGACUCAUUGUGUGUAGUAUGUGUUAUUUGGAGGAAGUGGAUGAGGAUCUAAGGGGAGCAGGUGGCAGAGCAGGACCUUCUGAAUCUUCCUCAGUGGUCGGCAGAGUACACUUUGAUACAUUCUUCAUGCAAGUUACAAGAACAGCUGCGGCUCUGAGGAAGCACACGAGUACUGGAGCCCUUCGGUGGAACUCAACAGAAGCGGCUUCAUGUGAUUUGCUCAUGCAUAGAUAUCUCAUGAGGGGUGAAGAAGGAUGGCAGCUUCAAUGUGGGUUUUAUUUGGGUUCAGAAUUGCUCGAGUGGUAAUAAAAGCAUGUCUUGAAAGUGAUAACAGUAAACAAAAAUUAUUUGAAAUAAAUGUGAAUUUAAACUGCUCUACGCUCUUGCCACCAGGUGGCAGCCUUUCUAUACAUGAGAUUGAAAACAAUCUGCCAGGACAAGUUAGUGGAUGCUUUCCAGCUAAAUCAUAUUUAAUUUAUGUACUACACUUUGAAAUGCUCUUGAAUUUCGUCUGAUGACUUGACUGAGUGAACUGGCGUGCCUACGGUAAACGAGAAAGCUCAAUACAAAUAGAACCAAA